AUGGCCGGGGUGUUUGAGGUAGAGGUGGAUGGGGCAGAGCACGACCAUGGGUUGGAGCAUCACGAUAAGCCAAUGCAGUUUGACUUGUCGAAGCUCACGCCUGAAGAGAAGUGGAGAGUGGAACACGCCAAGAUGCACGCCAAACACAAAGGCCACGAGGCCAUGCACGCCGAGAUGGUGCUGAUCCUCAUCGUCACGCUAGUCAUCGCCCAGCUCGUCCUCGUGCAGUGGAAACAGAGACACCCCAAAUCUUACAAUCUGGUGACUCUGUUCCAGAUGUGGGUAGUUCCUCUCUACUUUACUACCAAACUUCACUGGUGGAGGUUCCUGACCACGUGGUUUAUCUUCUCUGUCAUCACAGCAUAUAUUACCUACCGUGCCACUCGCAAGCCUCUGGCCUGCACAACGCCAAGAUUGGUGUACAAAUGGUUCCUCCUCCUCUACAAGAUUAGCUAUGGCACCGGGAUAGUUGGCUACACGGUUGUCAUGUUUACUCUUUUUGGUAUCAAUCUUAUAUUCAGGAUAAAGCCAGAAGAUGCAAUGGACUUUGGUGUGUCUCUGCUAUUUUACGGGCUGUACUACGGUGUUCUUGGAAGGGACUUUGCAGAGAUGUGUGCUGACUUCAUGGCGUCAACAGUCGGUUAUUACAGUGCGUCGGGAAUGCCAACCAAGCAUUUGUCCGAUAAUAUCUGCGCCGUAUGUGGUCAAGCUAUCCUUGUUGACGUCAGUGAAGAAGGCAUCAUAGAGAACACAUACAGAUUAUCAUGCAACCAUGUUUUCCAUGAGUUCUGCAUAAGAGGUUGGUGCAUCGUCGGAAAGAAGCAGAUGUGCCCGUACUGCAAGGAGAAAGUGGACCUGAAGCGAAUGUUCAGUAACCCUUGGGAAAGGCCUCAUGUCAUGUAUGGCCAGCUUUUGGACUGGCUCCGCUACUUGGUGGCCUGGCAGCCUGUUAUCAUUGGCUUUGUGCAAGGCAUCAACUACGUCCUCGGUCUGGAGUGA